ACUCCUCUUCACCACACACACCCUCUCCAUCAGUUCCCCUUUCUCCUUCCCCUUCCUUUCCCCCCCUUUCCCUGUUCCUCUUUACCUCUCCCACCUCCUCUAAUGGCUUCUCCUCUUCUCCUUUGUCCCCAUACACCACCCUACUCCCGUUAGUGCAUGCACUGCAAACUGUUUUUUUUCUUUUUUCUUUUUUCUUUUCUCCUUCUCUCUUUUACUUUAUCCUUAUCAAAAAGGAGGUUGAUUAAGAGGUAAAGAGAGUAGAGACAGGGAGAGAGAGAGAAAGAAACAUAUCUCAUCCUAGAUCUAAGUGUUUCUACCAUUUCAUUCCUUAUUUCUCUCUCUAUAUAUAAUAUUCUCUCUUGAUCCUCCGGCCCUUUCUCUAAACCUAGUGAGAACUCCACAAGCCAUAUAUGUAAGCAUAGCUAUAUAUUUGUUUAUAGUUACUUUUUGUUGCUACUACUACUACUACUACUGCUAACUGAACUUGUAAGAUACCCAUAGCUAGAUCCUUUGCAACAAAAAUCCAAGUUCAUGAAAACUAGCUAGAACCUGUUUGGAAGGAAGAAAAGUUUAGAGAUCAAGCGAGGGAAUUUGGAUAAAGAUCAAAAAGUGAGAGAGGGUGCAAAAUCGGUCGUCGGAAGGAGAAUUAGGGUUUCGUCGAGAGAAGUAUGCCUACAGGGAUCAUGAUCCCAGCGAGAAACGUUCCGUCGAUGAUCGGAAGGAGCAACGGCGUCGCCUACGGGUCUUCUUCGGCACUUUCCCUAGGGCAGCCAAGCUUGGUGGAGGGGCAGCAAAUCCCCCUACAAAACCAGCACCACCAGCUUGUGGACAUCCCGCAGUCGGUCGUCCCCGAGGGCGAGAUGGUGAGGCCGCGAGAAGAAGACUUCGAGAGCAAGUCGGGCAGCGAGAACAUCGAGGGCGCGGCCUCCGGCGAUGAUCAGGACCCGAACCAAAGGCCGCGGAAGAAGCGAUAUCACCGCCACACCCAACACCAAAUUCAAGAGUUGGAGGCAUUCUUCAAGGAAUGCCCACACCCCGACGACAAGCAGAGGAAGGAGUUGAGCCGAGAACUUGGGUUGGAGCCCCUCCAAGUCAAAUUCUGGUUCCAAAACAAGCGCACUCAAAUGAAGACCCAGCACGAGAGGCACGAGAACACGCAGCUGCGAGCCGAUAACGAGAAGCUCCGAGCGGAGAACAUGAGGUACAAAGAAGCGCUCGGCAAUGCUUCGUGCCCCAACUGCGGCGGCCCCGCUGCCAUCGGCGAGAUGUCCUUCGACGAGCACCAUCUUAGGAUCGAGAAUGCUCGGCUAAGGGAGGAGAUUGACAGGAUAUCUGGAAUAGCAGCCAAGUAUGUCGGGAAGCCGAUGACCUCCUCCUACCCGCUGCUCUCAAACCCUAACAUGUCUUCUCGCUCACCGUUAGACCUCGGGGUCGGAGGCGGCUUUGGCGUUCAACCUGGCAUCGGGAGUGAGAUGUUCGGAGCUGGAGAGCUUCUUAGGAGCGUGUCGGGCCAGUCGGAGAUCGAGAAGCCGAUGGUCAUCGAGCUGGCAGUUGCAGCAAUGGAAGAGCUCAUUAGAAUGGCUCAGCUCGGCGAGCCUCUUUGGACUCAAGGGCUCGACGGCCUCACCGAGACGCUGAAUGAGGACGAGUAUGUUAGGGCAUUCCCAAGAGGGAUAGGACCGAAGCAAUUCGGUCUCAAAUCUGAGGCGUCACGCGAUACAUCGGUGGUUAUAAUGAAUCACAUCAAUCUUGUUGAGAUACUCAUGGAUGUGAACCAAUGGUCCACUGUUUUCUCUGGCAUUGUGUCACGAGCUAUCACACUGGAAGUGCUAUCAACAGGAGUUGCAGGAAACUACAAUGGAGCUUUGCAAGUGAUGUCUGCAGAAUUCCAAGUACCUUCGCCGCUCGUCCCCACGCGUGAAUGUCUGUUCGUGAGGUACUGCAAGCAACACGCGGACGGGACCUGGGCAGUUGUUGAUGUUUCCUUGGACAGUUUGCGUCCUAGCCCGGUCAUGCGGUGUCGAAGGCGGCCCUCGGGAUGCUUGAUCCAAGAAAUGCCGAAUGGUUACUCAAAGGUGAUUUGGGUGGAGCACGUCGAAGUCGACGACAGGUCGGUUCACGACAUAUACAAGCCCUUAGUGAAUUCGGGCCUCGCAUUCGGUGCGAAGCGGUGGGUAAGCACUUUGGAUCGCCAGUGCGAGCGUCUAGCAAGCGUAAUGGCGAGCAACAUCCCCUCAGGAGAGAUCGGCGUUAUAACCACUCCAGAAGGGAGGAAGAGUAUGCUCAAGCUAGCCGAGAGGAUGGUCAUAAGCUUCUGCGGCGGGGUUACGGCGUCGACGACACAUCAGUGGACUACGUUAUCCGGCAGCGGAGCAGAGGAUGUCAGAGUCAUGACUCGAAAGAGUAUCGACGAUCCCGGUAGGCCGCCUGGUAUUGUUCUUAAUGCGGCUACUUCCUUCUGGCUUCCUGUAUCGCCAAAGCGGGUGUUCGAUUUCCUCCGAGACGAGAGCUCCCGUAGUGAGUGGGAUAUCCUCUCCAAUGGUGGCAUUGUUCAGGAAAUGGCGCACAUCGCAAACGGCCGAGACCAUGGCAACUGCGUCUCCCUCCUCCGCGUCAACAGCGCGAACUCGAACCAAAGCAACAUGCUGAUACUGCAAGAGAGCUGCACCGACGCGACGGGCUCCUACGUGAUCUACGCGCCGGUCGACGUCGUGGCCAUGAACGUGGUGCUCAACGGCGGCGAUCCCGACUACGUGGCGCUCCUGCCCUCGGGAUUCGCGAUCCUGCCCGACGGGCCGGUUGCAGUGCCCGCGGGUGGGGCAGCAGAUGGCGGGUCAGCGAGCGGGGGAUCGCUUCUCACAGUGGCAUUCCAAAUCUUGGUCGACUCGGUGCCCACCGCGAAGCUCUCGCUGGGGUCUGUGGCCACCGUGAAUAGCCUGAUCGCCUGUACCGUCGAAAGGAUCAAGGCCGCGGUCUCCGGCGCCAAAAAUGUCCAGUAGUAGUUAUAUAUGUUGGUUGAAGAGGGGAGGGCAUGGAACUCUAAACAAUGUGAAAGUCAAGAACGCACCUCAGACUCUCCUUGCCAUGUGGUGUGUUGGCUCCAAUUAAUACUUGUUUGCUUUAUUAAUUCAAUCAAAAAAAAAAAAAAAGAAAAAAAAAGAAAAAAAGAAGCAAACACUCAUAACUUAAACCAAAAUCAGCAGCACCACCACCACCACCACCACUAUGCAAGGGUAGUUGGUUCGGGUAUUGACUUUCCCUCUUUCUCUCUCUCUCUCUCUCUCUCUCUCUCUCUCUUUCUUUUUUUAUUUUCUCUGAGUUUUGGGACAACCCACCUUUGUUGUUAUAAUAUUGUAAUGUUUCUCUUACUUAGAGUGUUUGGAUUCUACUUCAUUUGGCAGUUUGAAACAAACACUGGCUACAUA